AUGUACUGGCCCAUUGGCGCACCGCAGAUCUACUCCCUCGAGAAGCAAGCCCUACACAACCGAAACGCUAUCCUAUAUGACGAGAAUGACACCUUUGCAAUCGAAGACGACGACGGGGAAGCUUCAGACUCGCGGAAUGACUCCGUGGCUGACCAGAGCGAGAAUGAGCGGGCCGGCCUGACUACUGCGCCGCAUUCUCAAAGGGACCACGCGAGGAAUCGGAAUAUCCAGGGAGAAGGGAGAGCAACACAUUUGAAUCAAGAGGGAGAGCCCGUUACCGUCCUCACCACCGCCAUCCGUUCUCAAAGCUCGCUCCGCGACCACGGCACGAACAUCGGCCUAUCUAUCCGACCCGACUCCUCCCUCUUCGUCGUCCAGACCUCGAAUAACUACCUCAUUAUAUACUCCUUCACCGUGGUCCCGGGAAACCGUGUCUACCGCGCCGUCUUCGUCGACAAUGCCCGGCACAGCCACCAUGGGCGAAGGUACAGCGCUGGGCAGCGAUCGUACUUUGGUCAAGAGCCACUCGGGGAAGGAGAGGACGCGGUAAUCGCGGAGGCGAUGCUUCGGUUUCGAGCAACCAUACGCAUCGAUUCGAAGAUUGGAAGGGUGCUGGCACUCGAUGAUGGGCUAGUAGUGGCUACGAAAGGUCCGGGGGCAGUCCAAGUUAUACGAUGGGGUGGAGAGGCUAGGAAGGCAUCCAAUGUCCGAAAGGGCUCGGAAACGUCACGAUCGCAAGAGACAAAGCAUUUGCUCAGUCAAUUACCCUGGAUUUCCGGACAGGAUGUUCACAUGGUUGACAUGGUGUACGACCGACCGAUGAAUCUCAGCUCCUGGGUAACGUCUGACGGGCGCGUCUACGCCGUCCAAACGCGCAAACGACCGCCCCAGGCCUCUCAAGCUCCUACCUCCCCCGUGGAUAACUCCAAUGCGGAAGAGACCGACCCCCCUUUCCGUGGCUUCUGCUUCCACAUGCCCACCGAUGCCUCCUCUGCAGCCACGAUGACCGCCAUAAAUGCUCGCUUCUCUCUCCUCGCCGUGGGCUGCGCAAACGGUGACAUAUACAUAUAUUCCGUGAAAGACUACUCCGGCAACAUCCCACUCUCGCACCGCUUUUCCGCAUCUCAGCUCUCCUCGUCCGCUGGAGAACUCACGUUCUUGUCGUACUCUCCCGACGGAUAUUGCUUAUUCGCGGGCAUGAAUCACGCGUGGAGCACCUGGAGCGUCUACGGUAAGCUGUGUAGCUCGUCGAUGCUCGCGGAUCGGGCGCUGAGCUCGGCACACUCGGAGCGAUGGCUGCUAGGCGUGCGGUCCGCGAUUUGGCUGGGCGGCGGGUCGCAGAUCGCGAUGGUAGAUGGGAACGACAAGGCCGUCUGGGUGGUGGAAAUGGCACGGAGCGCGGUGACAGGCUGCUUCUCCCCCGCAAAUAUUGCGCGGAGCCUGCUGCAGACGAACGCUGGUUUCGUGCUGUAUCGAGGCCAUGAGCUGCCGAAUCCGAUGAAUGCUUCGAGCCAGAGCGCAGUUUGGCAGCACGUGCAAGUGCCUCCUGCGUAUCUCAUGACGCAGUGGCCGAUUCGUAGCGCGGUGGUGUCGCCGGAUGGAAGGUACGUUGCUGUUGCCGGGAAAAGAGGGCUGGCGCACUAUAGCGUGCAGAGCGGACGAUGGAAGACGUUUGAGUCGGAGUGGAUGGAGAACGAGUUCACCGUGCGAGGCGGAAUGUGCUGGUUUCAGCAUGUACUGGUGGCAGCGGUCGAGUCGAAUGAGUCGUUCGAGCUGCGGAUAUAUUCGCGAGAGCUGCCGCUGCAUUCGGACAGGGUGAUGUAUUCGGAGGCCUUGUCGUCGCCGAUCGUCCUCAUUGCGCCGUCCGGGGAAGAUUCUCUGCUCGUCUACACAUAUGAGAAUAUUCUCUGCCACUACGUGGUGACCUUGGCGGAGAAGUCGAUCAAGUUAGUCCAAGUCGGUCAAAUCGCACUUCACGGCAUCAUCAGGGCCCCUCCACGAGUGAGGGCAUUGAGCUGGGUCCUACCGGAGGACCAGCUAGAAAGUGGCGAUCCUUCUCAGGACGUGUCUAAGGCCAGCGUAAUGUUCCUGGUCGACGGGAAACUGGUGCUUCUCCAACCGACGACGACCGAGAACAGUGAACUGAAGUACGAGAUGCGAAUCAUCGCUCAGAACGUUGAGCACUAUGCGCUGAUGCGUGAUCACCGGAUCGCACUCACCCGCCCGCCAACCACCGCUUCCCUGAACCAGGUGGAGGAAGACGAAGAUCACGUCCUGCAGGACUCAUUAUGGUACUUCGAUGGUACCAAGAUGCGCGUCUGGACAGACGUGCAAGAGACUCUCUCGGCGCCAGUGGAAGCAGGAAGAGAUAUCCAAGUUCCCCUCGACAUGUCCUGCGAUUUUUACCCCUUAUCGGUCCUCCUCCGGCAGGGUCUGAUCUUGGGAAUUGAGUCGGAAAUGGUGCAGCGUCGGGAUCUCAGUUUUGCAUCGGCGAGAUUCGCUACUAGGACACAUCUAUUCCUCCCAACGAUUCUCCGAUCCCAUCUGGCAAGGUUCGAUUCACCGGCCGCCUUGCAUCUAUCCCAUUUCUACCAGCAUUUUGAGUACUUUGCUCAUGCGCUUGAGGUGCUACUGCAUGAUGUCCUUGAUGACGAAGUGGACGCCUCGCAUACGCCAGAAGCCACGCUGUUGCCUGGCCUGCUAUCUUUCCUUUCUACUUUCCCGCAGUACCUCGACAUCGUUGUUCAAUGCACCCGGAAGACCGAAGUCAGGUCAUGGAAGACCCUGUUCGCUCAUCUUCCCCCGCCGCAAGAGUUGUUUGAAGAGUCCCUUGCGAAAGGGUCCUUGAAGACAGCAGGCGGAUACUUGCUUGUGCUACAUACCAUCGAUGAGCUGAACCCCGGGUCAAGUCAGAUUGUUCGGUUACUGCGGCGAGCCAAAGUUGAGCGUGACUGGGAGUUGUGCAAAGAAUUAGCCCGCUUCUUGAUGGCACUAGAUGAGUCUGGCGACACGCUAAGAAGCGCGUUGAGUGACGUCGAGCUGAGACCACCACCGGACAAAAAGAGCGGAGGCUUUCGCGCCCUAACAUCAUCCCGAGAGAACAGUGUGGGGUUCUCUAUCGGAAGUAACGCAUCGCCAUCCACAGCAUUAUAG